AUGGCGUUGGAGCACGUAAACGGCUUGAGCAUAAGCGACAUUCAUUCCAUCAACAUCAAAAAGUUCCACUUCAGCAUCCACAACUGCAACGGCGUAGCCAUCACCAACAUCCACGCCACCGCCCAGGCCGACAGCCCCAACACCGACGGCAUCCACCUGCAAGCCUCCAGCACCAUCACAAUCUCCGGUGCAAGCUUCGCCACCGGCGACGACUGCAUCUCCAUAGGAGAAGGAGUAACCAACGUGAACAUCACUCAAGUCAACUGCGGGCCGGGCCAUGGCAUCAGCAUAGGCUCCCUAGGGAAGUAUCCGGAUGAGAAGGAAGUCAGUUCAAUUCGUGUCACCAAUUGCAAUUUCACAGACACCCAAAACGGGCUGAGGAUCAAGACGUUUGGGCAUUCGCCACCGGGGCUUGUUUCGGAUGUCAGUUUUGAGGGCAUUAGGGUGAAUAAUGUGGACAAUCCGAUCAUCAUCGAUCAACAUUACUGCCCAGUGCCCACACUCGGAAUGUGA